AUGCAUUCUUCGUUAUUUAAAAAGCAUUUCAAUGAACGAUAUUUUACUUUGCCAACUGAUGAUAUUGAUUUCUCAUCGUCAUCAUCAUCAUGUCCGUCAACGCCACCGAUGUCAGCAACAUGGAUGAAACCUCCAGAGAUUGCGCUGUGUCUCAUGACUGAUGCACAUCGAAAAGAGGUAUACGAUUUAGUUGUCGAUACGUUUUUCCGUGAUGAGCCAUUAAACAAGUGCUUAGCAUUCGAGAUACCUCACGAACCCAUUCAAUUCACUGAAUUAAUCGUAUCUCUUGCCAUACAAGAUCAAUGCUCAUUCGUUGCCGUCGAUGUUCAAACAGAGAAAGUCAUUGGUGUCAUACUAAACAUCAUCAAGCAACGAUUACCAUACUCGAGCUCGGAAGACAACGAUCAAUUCAAUAUUGAGAAAUUCCAUUCGGAAAAGUUACGUUAUAUCUUGACUGUUCUCAAAGAUGUACAUCAAAACAUCGAUUUAUUCGAUCAACUGAAAACUAAUCGUUUAUUACAUGUCGUCAUUAUUGCUAUCAAUGCACACUAUCGUGGUUUGCGUUUAACAGAGAAAUUGAUUCAUGCGAGUAUACAACAUGCUAAAACAGUAUUGCAUUUAACCGGUGCGUUUUCCGAAGCGACAAGUCUCUAUUCUUCGAAAGCAUUUCGUAAACAAGGCUUUCAAAUCUAUGAUGAAAUCAUCUAUGCAAAAUACGACCAAAAGCGUUUAGCGAGUUUAGCUGGCGAACAUGAUCGUUGUCAACUAUUGGCUAAAACUUUGUAA